AUGGUCGUGCUCCAGGGAUACGCGAGGACUCGCCAAUCGAAUAUCCCGACCUGGCGCGCCUCGCCCGCUGCCCUGGCCCGUCCGUUUGAGGACUAUGUCCGCCAGUUAGACCGAUGGAUAGAUAAAGACCUGUCUGAAGACGACCCUGCUCCUCCUGCUCGGCCUGGUGAUAGUGCUGAGAACCCCCUCGUCAUCCCCGAGAUUGACGAUGAAGCCGCCACUUCUUGAUGGUGAGUGCCCCCCCGGUUCUGAACACGCAGGGUCACGCUGACUCUGGGGGUUGGAAAUAGGCGCGUGUAGGUUUUCGUCGUAGACCCUUCGUUGAGAUCCUUAGAUAUCAAAUUCGCCAUGGGAUGGAGUAGAAGAGAUUUCUACCAAAGCCUACUGUAAUCUAGCAACAUAUACCGACGUAAUCAAUUGGUUCAAAUACAGACCUGCCAGAAGAACUACCUAGGGUAGUAAAAAAA